UUCAGGGUAAAAGGUAGCCCAUUCUUUUCUUUGGCAUACAAGUCAAGGAACACCCAGACAGACCAACUAGGUCUAAGUGGGCAUACUAUUAUAUCUUUCCAUUGCAUAUGCUUGAUAAUUCUAACCUACGCGCUUUGCUCAUCUGGGCCAACCUUAGCCGUCUUCAGAUCCUCUGUAAUGGUCACUGGUCAGAGAAAGGAAAGCAUAAGCAACAGUGCUCUGUAAAGUCCCCUAUUUUGCAAGCAUCCGAAAACAACAUAAAAUUAAAGGCCUUUUCAUUUGAGGAAAACGAAUCAUGAGCUGCUUCAGCUGUUGUGCAGAAGAUGAUAUGCAAAAGGCUGCUGAUAAUGGACCAUUCAUAGCGAAUAACUCAGCAGGUAAUACUGGAGGUUAUCGUGCCACAGAAGCUGCACCAAAGGACACACAGGCUGUGAAUAUCCAGCCUAUUGCUGUCCCUGCUAUUCUGGUGGAUGAGUUAAAGGAAAUUACAGAUAACUUUGGUACAAAGGCUUUGAUUGGUGAAGGCUCGUAUGGAAGAGUAUAUUAUGGUGUCCUGAAAAGUAGGCAGGCUGCAGCCAUUAAAAAGUUGGACUCCAGUAAGCAACCGGACCAAGAGUUUUUAGCACAGGUUUCUAUGGUUUCAAGGCUGAAACAGGAACAUGUCGUUGAGCUACUUGGUUAUUGUAUGGAUGGUGGUCUCCGUGUCCUUGCCUAUGAAUAUGCUUCAAAUGGAUCUCUUCAUGAUAUUCUUCAUGGACGUAAAGGUGUCAAAGGAGCACAGCCAGGUCCAGUUCUGUCAUGGGCUCAAAGAGUUAAAAUUGCUGUUGGGGCUGCAAAAGGGCUCGAGUACUUACAUGAAAAGGCACAGCCGCAUAUAAUCCAUCGUGACAUCAAGUCCAGUAAUGUUUUACUUUUUGAUGAUGAUGUCGCUAAGAUUGCAGAUUUUGAUUUGUCAAAUCAAGCCCCUGAUAUGGCAGCACGUUUACAUUCUACUCGUGUUCUUGGAACCUUCGGUUAUCAUGCUCCAGAAUAUGCAAUGACUGGACAACUGAGUUCAAAGAGUGAUGUUUAUAGCUUUGGUGUCGUCCUCCUGGAACUCUUGACUGGGCGUAAACCUGUUGAUCAUACAUUGCCACGUGGACAGCAGAGUCUUGUGACAUGGGCAACACCGAAACUCAGUGAAGAUAAGGUGAAGCAGUGUGUUGACAAUAGACUGAAUGGAGAAUACCCUCCCAAGGCAGUUGCAAAGAUGGCUGCAGUUGCUGCUUUAUGUGUGCAGUACGAAGCUGAUUUCCGGCCAAACAUGAGCAUUGUAGUAAAAGCUCUUCAGCCUCUGUUGAGCGCUCGAUCUGGACCUCCCAAUGAAACACCAAACUUGUGAAUUGCCCCUUUCCCCUUGACGUCUACUGUGAAAUAUGUCAUCAAUAUUUUCUUUGUAAUAGUCUGUACUCUUUCAUUCAUUAAAUUUUACAGUGUAAUGCAUAGAAUCAGUCUACAUAUGCACUGACAUGAUUGGCAUGACUGUUCUUUGCUUUUCGGUUGGAUUGAAGGUUUUGGAAUUGUCAACAGGAGCUAUGUUCUUCGGUUUAUCUUGUAUGGGUUUUGUCUUUGCCGGUUUCAUAACGUGGGGG